UCUCUGCGAAGAGCCGCCAGCUACCGCUCGCCGACUCGCAGUCCGUCACCGUCGCUCGUCGAACGAGGACGCGGUCGAUAUCGCUCGCGGCCGAAAACAAGUUCGAGGAAAGCCGGUUCCCAGGAUCGCGGUUGUUUCUCUCCGUUGUCCACGGCCACGGACGCCGACCGGGGAAUCAUUAUAUUUUUAGGAUCAUCCUGUGGACUCCUCCUCCUCCACCCCGCGAUCCGACGGGACUCGUGUUUCGCGGCGCGCGUGUGUCACGGUACCUACAUGCUACCAGAAGGAUGCUCUUCGCCUCUUUCACGUGUCCCCGUGUUCACGAGACGCGGUACGCUGAACGGCAAGGUACAUCAUGGGAAACGAGACGCUGUCGGAAGCUCGCCGUUCUUACCGAUGGGCCGGCGGGAAGUGAAGAGCCAAGGGCCUACGCGGCCUGCUAAGAUGACCGCUCGUCUUCAAUCGUUGAGGCAUCAGGAGAAGAAAUCGGCCGGUAACAAUCACAGACAUCAUCAUCACCAUCAUCAAUCUCAACAGAACCUGCACCAGGGACCCAGUCCGGCAGCCAGUCCCAGUCCUAGUCUUAGCCCGAGCCCUAAGCAUCCGGACGGUCGUCGAGCUAACAAACCACUAAUGGAAAAACGACGACGGGCGAGGAUCAAUCAGUCGUUGGCGGCGCUAAAGGCGCUUAUCCUCGACAGUGCCCGGCUGGAGAACACGAAGCACAGUAAGCUGGAGAAGGCUGACAUUUUGGAGUUGACGGUUCGUCAUCUGCAGAGGCAACGAUCUCUCGCUCAGCCGGGCUUAUCGAGGUACAAGGCCGGUUAUCAAGAUUGCUCGAGGGAGGUAAGUCGAUACCUCGAUGCCCCGGACAUAAUCACCGGGAACACGACGCCGAUGGACCCAGCGGUGAAGCAGAGGCUACUGCGUCACUUGGACAGUUGCGUGUCGGAAUUGGACUUGGAUCUGGGUUCGAGGCCGGAUAGCGGAUUAGGCAGCAGUCCCGGAAGCGUGACGGAUCGAGUGACGGGCGCGGGAAGUCCCGGUCCGUUGGAGCAUCACGUGCCAUCGACCGCGCACUGUAGUACAGCUCUGAAUCCGGCCGGCUUGAUCAAAGCCGAGAUUCCGGACGUCGAGCCAGCCAGGCCGGACAGCAGCACUACUGCCGGCGACGAAAACAACAAUAACAGCAGCAAUAGCAACAGCAGCAGCAGCGGUAGCAGCGGCAACGCUCGGCCGACUUCUGCCUUCGGCCAACUCGUGCCCGGCCCAAAGCCCAGCAACAGCCCGAGGCUCGACCAGCCGGAACAACCGCUCGACUUCACCACCACCUCGAAGAAACUGAAGACCAGCUGCGGCGCGGCCAGGCUCGGCCUCGGAAACAACGCGGACCACGGUCUCCAGCAGCAGCAGCAACAGCACCAGCAGCAAUUCGCGAUCCGGUUGGCAACGGAAAGGACCAUCCCGCACGAAGACAGACCGUCCAGUCACGCCAGCAGCAGCGACUUCGUCACGGGAAUCGGCUCGCCGUCUCCGCUGCCCCAGCAGCCGAUCAGGGACGAGGAAGGAAUGUGGAGGCCUUGGUGAAUCGUGAUCCGUGAAACUGUGAGCCUGUGAACAGUGAUCAACGGUAAUGGGUUUAAGAUUCGUUCGACGGACGCGGGGAGAGUUUGCAACUUUUGAUCGGCCGAAGCGUCGACGACUCUCGAACCUCCCGACUCGAACCUUUGCGACGUCCGAACACGGGAAUCUGCCGGGACCUUUUCGAGCUGUUGCGAGCUACCCCUAUCGAGACGUUGCACAAUGCAAUCCGCGAGAGUGCAUCGCGCAUAGCACGUUAUCCUGCUGUCGUGUACAUAGUCCCUCGACGAGUAUAGAUUUAUUUUGAUGUUAACUAGGUGUAUACGCGUGCGAGACAGUGCGAAGGGAAUGGUUAAGACACCGAACACGUGGAGAGUUUGUAUGGGAGAGACACGUGCGUAACGCGAAACUCGAAUUCCUCGUUCGACGUACUUAGAUUCAUUGAAUAUAUUAUAAAUAUAUGUAAUAUAUCCAAUAAAUUAAUAUAUUUAUAAUAUAUUACAAAUAUCUGUAAUAUAGGUGUAUGUGUACAUACCGAUCCCGUUACAUUUUUCUCGGUUGCACCGCUGCCUUCUGGCCUCGUCCCUCUCCUGUGUUCCGCCGGGACAGCCGGAUUCGUUUUCAGGAUCUUUUCUUCGCGUUGUCAGGACCGCGUGCACCCGGACCGAGCGCGCGACGCGAGCUGCGUUCGCGAGCUGCGUUAGCGAAGGGCGCAACGGGGAAUUAGGGAAAAUGUACAAAACGUUCCAUUAAUUUAUUACUUCUUCGUUCCGUUGUACGACACCCGGUCACGGCGAAGGCUUUAGAGCAAACUGGAAAAUAAUUGUAUAAAAUGAACUGAACUAGAGAUGUCUUUGAUUCAACCCGCCACGAGCUUCCCGCUAGCAGCGCGCAACCAUUCUUGGAUUGAUGCUGAUGGUCGAACCGGUGCUGCUGCUGCCGCUGAUGAUGAUGAUAAUCGAUUCACGACCGACGCCGGCAUCAGAAAGGUAUGUGAUAAUAGUAACAACAGUAAUAGCAGUUCCGACUUUACUCUCUCCGAACGGCAAAGCCUGACCUCCCCGAACCUUGUAGCUGUUUUACAGCAGUUUAACCACCUGUUACGUCGAGACAACCACCGAACUUUCGCGCUUUUCUUUUUACGAAACACGCGAGUAUUCUCGGCGCCACUCACUCUUUAGUCCCUCUCGCCUCUUCUAUCGUAUUCCGUCGCUAUUCAAUCCUAUGCCCUGAUCAAAUCUCUAGUCUCACCGUGUACGUUUCUAUCGGCGAUUCAUCACUGGGCGCGCUUGUACGCGCUACGUUGUUUGCGGACACUUUGGCAAAGGUAGAUUCAGGGUGCACUUACGAGGGAAUCUAUUACUGUAGCAGUGGA